CGCAGCUGCAGUGACUGUGUGGCACAGUCCGAACCGUGUGAUAUUCAGCUCUGCCAGCAGGUGUCGCUGCGGGCUAUGCAGAAACGGAGUGGAGAAGAGACGGGGCCUGGCCUGGGAAUUUGCUGCUCGCUUCCCAUUCUUCCUAUGCAGACAGACACACAACAUGGCGGACUAGAAUAGUCGGCCGACGCGCCCGGAUACAGCGGAUAAACCGUGGGAUUUAACAUCCAGGAAGGCCAACAAAGUACUCUCUGAGGGGACGGUACGUUAGGGCGAAUUGAGGACUUUUUCAGGAGGGGGUUGCUUUUCCUUGACUGGAUUUAGCAGACAAACUGACCGCGAAGUGUUGACUUGUGUGUCCCAGAUCGUGCUUCCCUCCUCUGCUAUCACCCAGGUCCCCCCACCCCGCUCACACUCUCGGUUCCUGGGGUGUGGAGACAGGGGCCGGGGUUGAAAAACGUGGAAGCGAAAGAGAGGAUAAAUUCCCGCUUGGCUUUGAUUUUUUCCCUCCCUCCUCCAUCCCUCCUCGGGUUUCCUUUGGGUGCUACAGGAGUUGUGGACCACGCUGUGCGAAUGAGUGAUUGAUGCCAACUUCGCUUCUUCAGGGCAGAAUGGGUGCGUGUCCCCUGCUCCUGCUGCUUGGUCUAGUCCUCGGGGCCUCCGCCCAGGAUUAUGUCCCCAUCACAAGUCCUCCAAAUAUCACUGCCAAACCCACAGAUCCCCCCGCAGCACCCUCCCUCGACAUUACAGUCGCACCCACACCAGCCCCCCCGGGCCCACCCACGAAGCUCGCCCCUGCGGUCAUCCCGCUGACGACAAUAACAACAACAACAACAACAACCACAACCACAAGCCCGGCUGGUAAGGAGGACGUACAACCUGCGGGUCCCAAUGCCACUGCAAGACUGUCACCAGUCCCUCCCCCACCUCCAGCUCCAACUGAUGCCCCUCAGGCACCACCGAGCACCGAGCCUCAACCUCCUCCCACACCGGCGAGGGGAGACAACGGGACCACAUCCCCAACUCCAGAAACCCCAACUACAGAGGUUUAUACUGAUGAGGAUAUAGUCACCGAGGACACGGAGACCACCACAGAACCUGGAAUGGAGUUAACGUCAGACCCCGACCUACAGGACAACGACCAAUCUGACGACAUGCCAAUCAUAGCCGUGAUGGUGGCCCUGUCCUCCCUGCUGGUCAUCAUCUUCAUCAUCAUCAUCCUCUACAUGCUCAGGUUUAAGAAGUACAAGCAGGCAGGAAGCCACUCAAACUCCUUCAGACUGACUAAUGGCAGGUCGGAUGAUACAGAACUCCAGAGCGUCCCGCUAUUGGCUCGCUCACCCAGCACAAACAGGAAGUACCCGCCCCUUCCUGUCGACAAGCUAGAGGAAGAAAUGAACCGUCGCAUGGCUGAUGACAACAAACUCUUCAGGGAGGAGUUUAAUGCACUGCCAGUCUGCCCCAUACAGGCAUCAUGUGACGCUGCUUCCAAGGAAGAGAAUAAAGAAAAGAACAGAUAUGUCAACAUCCUGCCAUAUGAUCACUCCAGAGUCCAUCUUUCAUCUCUGGAGGGAGUCCCUGACUCUGACUUCAUCAACGCCUCCUUUAUAAAUGGUUAUCAAGAGAAGAAUAAGUUUAUUGCAGCUCAAGGGCCAAAGGAGGAAACAGUAAAUGACUUCUGGCGAAUGAUCUGGGAGCAGAACACAGCUACCAUUGUCAUGGUGACCAAUUUGAAGGAGAGAAAAGAGUGCAAGUGUGCCCAGUACUGGCCGGACCAGGGCUGUUGGACAUAUGGAAACAUCCGCGUAUCUGUAGAAGACACAAUGGUUCUGGUGGACUACACCAUCCGCAAGUUCUGCAUCCAACAGGUGGGAGAUGUGUCUGGGAAGAAGCCCCAGAGGCUUGUCACCCAGUUUCACUUCACCAGCUGGCCAGACUUUGGGGUUCCCUUUACCCCCAUUGGCAUGCUUAAGUUCCUCAAAAAAGUCAAGACCUGCAACCCUCAGUACGCCGGCCCCAUUGUGGUCCACUGUAGUGCGGGUGUAGGAAGAACAGGUACCUUCAUUGUGAUUGACGCCAUGUUGGACAUGAUGAUCGCAGAGAGGAAGGUCGACGUGUUUGGCUUCGUCACCAGGAUCAGAGCCCAGCGCUGUCAGAUGGUCCAGACUGAUAUGCAGUAUGUGUUCAUCUUCCAGGCGUUGUUAGAGCACUACCUGUACGGAGACACAGAGCUGGAGGUGACCUCUCUGGAGUCCCACCUGGCCAAACUCUACACCCCCUCACCUGGCGCUGGCAGUGGUCUGGAGGCUGAAUUCAAGAAACUUACAUCCAUCAAGAUCCAGAAUGACAAGAUGAGAACAGGAAACCUGCCAGCCAACAUGAAAAAGAACAGAGUCCUACAGAUCAUUCCAUAUGAGUUCAACAGAGUGAUCAUUCCAGUCAAACGCGGAGAGGAGAACACCGACUACGUCAACGCCUCUUUCAUUGAUGGCUACCGUCAGAAGGACUCGUACAUGGCGAGCCAGGGCCCCCUGCAGCACACCAUCGAGGACUUCUGGAGGAUGAUCUGGGAGUGGAGAAGCUGCUCCAUAGUCAUGCUCACUGAGCUCGAGGAGAGAGGGCAGGAAAAGUGUGCUCAGUAUUGGCCCAGUGAUGGAUCGGUGGCCUAUGGGGACAUCACCAUCGAGCUUAAAAGGGAGGAGGAGAGUGAGAGCUACACGGUGCGUGACCUCCUGGUCACCAACAACAGGGAGAACAAGGCUCGAGCGGUGCGUCAGUUCCAUUUCCAUGGCUGGCCAGAGGUGGGGAUCCCCACUGAUGGAAAGGGCAUGAUCAAUAUAAUUGCUGCGGUACAGAAACAACAGCAGCAGUCUGGCAACCAUCCCAUCACUGUGCACUGCAGUGCUGGCGCUGGCCGGACAGGGACUUUCUGUGCGUUGAGUACAGUCCUGGAGAGGGUGAAGGCAGAGGGCAUCCUGGAUGUCUUUCAGACAGUCAAGAGCCUCAGACUGCAGAGACCCCACAUGGUGCAGACACUGGAGCAAUACGAGUUCUGCUACAAAGUGGUCCAGGAGUAUAUCGAUGCCUUUUCUGACUACGCCAACUUCAAGUAGGGACCUGCCAUGGAUGGAUGAAUGGAUGAAAUGUCCGCAUACACUUUAUACAAGCACGCACCACACACACACAUACAUUACCAUGCAGAAAGCUGCAUAUUCCCAUCUGAUGGAUUUUUUUAUUUUUAUUUUUAAAAAAAAAAGACUCAUCACAACUUGAUCUGUGGAUGGGAUGAACUGCCCCGGAGGAAAAGGGAACAGAUGUCUCGGCCCAGAGGACAGGGCAGUGCAGUCGGACAGAGAAAAUAACUGAGAUGCCUUCUUGAAUAUUUUGUAAUAUUGGUCUUGUUAAUACAGCCCUUCACCCCUAUUUCCUUACCAUCUUUACCCCCAUAUGUAUAUAUACUUACUGUGUUGCAUCUUAUUACUUUGGUUUCAAACACAGUUUUGAGUUUGGCUGCAUUUUCGGGUGGCACCUGUAAUGUAUUUUAUUGGUAUAUAUAUAAAUAUAUAAAUAUAUAUGAAUAUAAAUCUAAUGCUUUGGAGGCUAAUGUAAAAAAAUCCAGAAUCAAGGUAAUGAUGUUUGGAUUUUUUUUUCUUUUUACUUUAUAGGGACAGAGACUUAACACAUUUUUGGCGUUGCCUGAGCCUUGCUGUAGCGACAUGUGUGCGGUAGCAGAACCCAGGACUUUCUACAUUUACAGAAAAAACCUGGAUUGUUUUCACUCCCAGACACUCGCACACAUCCACACACACAGUCAGAGCCAUUUUUCUUCACACAUAAUUUGGUGCAUCUCCUCAGUGGGGAAAAAAAACCAAACAUUUCAAGCCACUUUCAAGCGAUAACAAUUGGAGAUCAGAAUCUCUGUGACGUAGCUCAAAGUCUCAGGUUGACACACACACACACAUUAACAUACACACUUAGUACGCAUUCGCUUUUCUUUUUUUAUUUUUUGGUUUUUAAGCAUCUGUAUGUGUGUGUGUUUGUUUGAGCUGGAGCAUAAGCUGGCAGAGAAGACACAGUGUGUUUCAUUACUGUCUACUAUCUGCUGAGUGCCAAAGUCCUUCACUCACUUGGUUGUGCAGCUCUGGAGUCUGACAGACUCUACCAACCAUGCUUAGACAUUCAGUACGAGAAAGCUAUUUUUCUGUCCAAGGAUCAGCAACGAAUAGGAAUUUGGGAAAGUAGAAAAUAUAAAUUGUUAUUUGCCCCAUACAGUUAAGAAACAAAUGGAGAAUUGGUCACGCUUAUAAAUGGUUUUGAUUUUUAUUUUAAGGUCUGUUACAAUAUCAGCAGCAAUGUUGAUCGUGUUGACAAGCCAAAUUUCAAACAACACAGUCACAAGUAACUCCAUUAUUGCAUCAUAGAAAUCAACAAAUAUUAUACACCCAGCAUAUUUCCUUUUCUUGUUUACAGACACAUGUCAGUAUUUCUUGUAGAUUGUAUUGAUAUAUUUCUUUCCUGUAUGGGCUUCCUGUGAGUCUGCCUGAAUUAACUGUCAUUUCAUAUUUUAUUUUAUUUUAUAUAUAUAUAUAUAUAUAUAUAUAUAUAUAUAUAUAUAUCAGCCUCACAUCACUACGCUGUACUGUCACUGUUCGAAAGAAUGAUUCCCUUCUAUCUCCCACCACAAACACUGAUGUCAAAGAAUGUUUCCUUUUAUUCAAAUGCUGUUGCUGACAUAUUCCUCAAAGAUGGAUUCAUUGUUACUUUUAAUAGUGGAGGUGUGCCAUGCCAUGUUUGAUUUUUUUUUUUUUUUUUUAAGUUGAGGUCACUAUUGAGGCUAUGCCCUUGAUGAUUGUAAUGAAAGAUGAAUGAUGUCAGUUAAACACGGGGCCUCAGGUCACUCCUAAUUUCAACUCGGCCACCUCAGGAAAUGACUGAUGCCAGGAUUGUUUGAAUUUACAAAUUGAACAAAUUGAACUUGAGUUCACCUCCAAAGCUGUCUCAUGUUCAAAUGGUUUUAACUCUCGCCAGAGGGAGUAUUCAAAUAUCAUGCCUCACCCAGAUUUUAACGCCAUGACAUUAAAAAUUAUAUUUCUUUUAGGAGUUUUAAAGCAAUUUUAAUCUUUUUUUUUAUGUAACAGAACAGAUUUUAACAGAAAAUAGCCCCAUACUUACAUAAUUUACACCACACAAAGCAUUGAAAUUACACUAACACUCCCAUUACUUUUGUUAUAGGAAGGAGCACAAUCAAAUUUAAUUUAUUAUUAUAAAGUACAUGCAGAAUUUUCAGGAAGGGUGGUUGUGUCGAUGUCGGUUGUUUGGACACUCAUGCACUAUUUUGCACCAAAAGCAAAGCCCUUAAAUGUACAGAACCAAAUGAGAGAUGAGGUCAGAAAGAUGAUUUGGCCUUGAUAUUGGAAUAUAUUUGAAUUCUUGAAGCUCUUUCAGGUCUCAAAGCCCCAGGUUAGGCCUUCUGUAAGCCCCCCACCUGCUUGCAGGGACUUUUCAGUAGCAGAUAUUACUUUAAUUGACCAGUCACUGAAAUUUGUUGGCUGUUUGUGCUUCAUUGUUAUCAUUUCAGGUCUUGUUUCAUUCCAAAGCAUCACAAGUGCCCGCACUAUUGAUUAGGUGCCAUUUUGUUCAUCGUGUAUUUAGUUUGUCACUUAUUGGGUAUUUAAUUAACAGAGGAGGGGAUUUUUUUUUUUUUUUUUUUUAAGCUAUGCUGUCUGUGCUUAAAUUACAUGGGUUCAUUGUGUAUUUGGAUCAUGUGAUCACUGUCUGCAAUUUGACUACAAAGACAUGACACUGUGCCAACCCUUGAGACCCACUAUUUUUGCGAUUAUAGUGAACUGAAAAAAGUGCCUCACUAAUUAACAAAUACAUUUUGUCCACUUUACCCAUAAUAUGUGGUGGAACCAUCGCCAUCCUCAAAGCUGUCCUUUGGAUUUUCCCUAACUGGCAUGUACUUCCCAAACAUCACCUGCAGACCAAUCACAAACCUCUUUGUUUGAUGAAUCAACAGGGCCAAAACCAAGACUGGGUCAGUAAUUUUUCCUUUCACAUUCCCUCAAGUUGUGUAUACAUAGAUUUCUCGUUCACGCAGAUCAAACUAAGAUUGAGGGCACUUCUUAAUUAAAUUCCAUCUUGAUUUAAAGGCUUCAUCUCAUUCCAUAUCACUUGAAUGUGGGAUCCAUGACAAGUAAUCAAUUGUGGGUACCCCAGUGUUGAAUUAAAAUUCAGAAAGUUUUCACCACAACAAAUAUAAUUGCAUCUUUUACACAUCAUCGCCAAGGGACAUCAGCAUUCUCUGAUUCACAUCCCUUUAUCCCUGGAGCAUUGCCCCAGUGGAGCAUAUUGAAUGCCCUGGAGAAUGAAUAUAUGUCUCCAUUACCAGAGAGGGAGACCAGAGGAAGACAAGACUCCAACUUCCCUCUUCUCCUUUCCACCUUUAUGUUUCCUUUAUGUCUCCUAUCCACCUCCCUUCACUGCUUUCCCCUUCUCGCUUCCUUUCCCUCUUUCACUUUGUCCUUGGACCAUUCUUUCCCAGUGGUCACUGCCCACUCCCUUUUGUACAUAAUGUAAGGUUAUUUAUAUUUCAUUCCUGUCUGCUGCCUUGCUUAUUUUAUUUUCUGCUCCCCCUUCUUCUUUUUUUUUCCUAAAGAUGUAUAUUGAACUGUAUUGGGACCAUUUUGAAAUGUAUUAGAGAUGUUUUGUUUUGGCCAUUUUUAAUUUGGUAUAAUUGUCUUAAGCAAAUCCUAUUUUUUAAUUUGCCUAUGUUUGUUUCUAGUGUUUUGUUAUUCAACAUUUGAAUAUAUGUAUAUAUAAUUAUAUAUAUGAUAAAAUUAUAUAUAAUUAUAUAAUGCCAAAUGGCCUUUCUAAGCAAGAUACUGUUCAAACCUAAUAAAGUGCUUGAGAUUUUAA